AAAACUCUAGUAGUUUUUAAAAUAAAAUAUUAAUAUUUUAUAUAAUGUAAUCAUGUAAUUAAUUUUAAAUUAUAAACAUACCAAACCAGUAAGAUGACAAGUGUGCACAAAGUUCCUGAAUAAUUUUGUAAAAAUUUCUUCUUCAUGAAUCGGUUUUUCUUGUUUUUUUCUUGUAUUUUAUAAUAAUAGUUAUAAAAAGAUAUGAAAUACCAUGAAUGCUUAACAUCAGACGAUGUAAAAUGGUUUUAAUACCCUCCCAUUUUCAAUAUUGUUUUUUCAAACAUUUCACAUCAUCUGGAAGAGUUACAUUUUAUCGAUUGUUCUAUUUCGGUAUGGUUACCCAGACCAUUUCAAGUUUGAGUAAUAGAAUGAUCUUUUGACGUAAAAAAAAACUUUUCGUAUCAUCUUAUCUCUCUUCUACCUCAUUUGUUCAACACCCAGUUCAAUCUAUACAUCUAUAAUAGUUUGUUUUAAAAAAUUUAACACUCUACUCUACAACCCUUAAUUCAUAUUUUUUGUUUUUUACGGUUAACUUAAAAAUUAAAAUAACAUAACUUUUAAUAAUUUUUAUUUUGAAUUAUUAUACUUAGCUUAAUUUUUAAAUAAUAUCAAAAUAUGUAUUAAUAAAACAAUCAAAAUUAAGAACAUAUUUUUUUUAAGUAAGAUAUUGUUAAGUAGGAUAUUUAUUAUUAUUGGGGUCCAUUUAAUAAGAAAAAAAAAUUAAAAUACUAAAAUAGUUGAUUAUAAUGAAAAAUUACAUUUUUUCUGUAUCCAAAUGAAACGAGAGCUUUCUCUAUUUAUAGAUUAAAAAAAUUUUGAAUUUUGAUAUUUUUUUUAAAAAAUUAUUAUAUAAUAAAUGUGUUUGAAUUAUUGGGCGAUGAUAAAAAACAAAAGAAUUCUACAGAGCUAAUCAGAACACAAUAUUUAAAUCUUAACGAGAUUAAAAAAAUUGUGAUAAAGCCAGUGCGUGAUGCGCUCACUUUUUUUGCCUAAUUAGAAGGCGAAACGUGGGAGCACUGGGCCACAAAAAAUAAUGUUUCAACCGCUCAAACUUUACAACAGGUGUGUUUAUGCCACGUAGAUGAGCCCAGUUUAUCAACACCUUAUGCGAUAGUUUCAACUGUUGAACCCCACCGUGGAUGAUCUUGGACAGAAUAAUUAUAGUGAUGGGCUGACAGAAAUAUAUAUUUAAAAAAAUACUAAAUGUCCAAUCGAAUAGACCGACAUCAUAUGACAUAUGUUAUUUGAGAAAUCGGCCAAAAAAACACUGAACUUUACGGAAAUUGCCGAAAGAAACCUGAACAUAUGGGCUAGCCAAUAAAAUCCUGAACUUUUGUUGACUUUUCGGGUUUAUUAAGAAACUUACGAUUGACUGACCAGAUAAACACACCGUUAACCGAGUUAACUGUUAAUUAAGCGGACGUUAAUUUUGGGUGUUAAAGUAUACGACGUCGUUUCAUCACUUUGUCUGAUUAAAGACAAACGACGUCGUUUAUAUAGCUGUGUUAUUAAAAAUAUGGGUUUCCAACGGCUCGAACUCGUGUACUCGGGUUUAAUGGUAGGGGUUUUUGCCACUGAGCUAGUGGACUUUGCAAUAGAUUUACGAACACAAUUUCUUUUAUUCUUCGAAUCCGAGUUAAAGACAAAUUAAUGAAACGACGCGUUUUACAUUAACUUUUUUAUUAAAAAGAUGGGGUUCCAUCGACUCGAACUCGUGCACUCGGGUUUAAUGGUAGGGGUUUUUGCCACUGAGCUAGUGGACUUUGCAAUGGAUAUACGAACACAGUUUCUUUUAUUCUCUUUGAAUCCGAGUUAAAUGAAUCAAAAAGAAACGACGGCGUUUUCUCCUCCGAUUGGUAUAAACCCUAAAUGGGCGAAAUCAUAAAUCCAGUUCGCGAUUCAAGCUCGAUUCUCUUCGAUCUCGUCCUUAAGAAUCUCGAUUCUCAUCUCUCCUUCUUCGAGUAUCGCAUGAUGAGUUCGGGUUGUGAGGAUUCGUCUGUGAAUACGAUGGGAAUUCGUGGUAUCCCGGAGCAAUGCGGCUGUGGUCGAAGAACUGGGAUAUACACAUCAAAAACGAAGGUCAAUCCAGGAAGAACUUUCUUUAGAUGCCCAACGUUUCAAAAUGAUCACUUGUAUAAAUGGGUAGAUGAAGCUGUCUACGAAGAGGUUCAAGAUGCAUUGCCAAAAGUUGAGUGCUUUGCAUCAGAUGUUAUGAAAAUUAAAAUGGAGAUCGAAAGCAUGAAAACCGUGGAGGAAGAGUUGAAAGAAGAUGUCAGGAAGGCGAGCAAUGAACUUAAGAAGCUGAAUGUGAUCAUGAAAGUGGGUUUUUCGGUGGUUUGUUUAGGCGUUGUGAUAUGUCUUGUGUUGAUCAUGUUUGACAAAGCAGCUGGGUUGUCUAUGAAUAGCUACUAGGAGACUCUGUUUAUGUAAGGCUAUGUUUAUUUAAGAAUCAUGGUUCAUGUAAGGCUAUGUUUUAAGACAAUGUUUCAGUAAUGUUUAUGUUUUACUUCUUGAUUGUUUAUAGAAGGACAAAUGAACACACCAAUGAACAGACCAUCAAGAUAAACAACAUGAUGAAAACACAAAGAUAAUAACCAACACUAUCUUCAUUGAGAGUUUCAAAUUAAAACAGCAGGAAGAGAAGAAAGAAAAAGGUAGUUCUUGUUCCAAAAGCAUUCAGACAGAGACACCA